CAAAUACUGACCCUUAAGCCCCUCUACGUAUUGAGUUGAACCUAGUUGGACUUCAGAUUAGGAAUGAAGCCGAGCCCAUAAAAUGACAAAAAUACCCUUCAAAGUUCAUUACAGAUCCUCUCCCGCCAAAUCCAAACCAAAUCCAAACCUCUCUCUAAUUUCAUGCACAAACCUCAUCAAAUCAUGCUGCGACUCAGGGGCGGUAUCUGCCGCCCGCCGCCUGUUUGAAGAAAUGACGGAAAGAGACGUAGUCGUCUGGACCGCGAUGAUAUCGGGUUACACAUCCAAUAACCAAUACACGAAUUCAUGGGCCUUGUUCAAAAACAUGCUCUCUCAUGAUGUAAAGCCCAACGCAUACACGCUCUCGAGCGUUCUCAAGGCCUGCAAAGGGCUCGAAGUGAGCCCGAGAACGGCCCAUGGGAUAACCGUGAAGCUGGGCUUCGAUGAGGUAGCGCACGUGCAGAAUGCGCUUAUUGAUGCAUAUGCGGCGAUGGGAGGGGAGGGGGUUGGGGAUGCGAUGACUGUGUUUGAAGGAAUUGAGGAGAGGAAUGUUGUGGCGUGGACGACUAUGAUUGCGUCUUAUGCACGGUGGGGAGAUGCACGUGCUGCAAUUCGAGUGUAUCAGAGGAUGAUGACUCAGGAGGGGGCUGAAUCGAACCCGUUCACUUCCUCCAUCGCAAUCCAUGCCUGCGCUUCCAUGGCUGACCUGACCCUUGGCACGCAGCUCCACUGCUCUUCAUCAAAAUCGGGGCACGUGCACAGUCUGCCGGUGUCCAACGCCAUCAUCGACCUGUACUUCAGAUGCAACUGCGUAUCAGAAGCAAAACGGUAUUUCAGGGAAAUGCAUCAAAGAGAUCUUGUCACUUGGAACACCAUGAUCGCUCGUCUCGACCAAUGUGGGUCCCAUGAGGCGAUAACUCUGCUGUCCGAGAUGAGCCUGCACUCUCUAGAGCCUAACUGCUUCACAUUCACCAGCAUUGUCUCAGCCUGCGCUCGCCUCGCCCUCCUAAACUGUGGCCAGCAAGUGCAUGCAUCCAUUAUAAGAAGAGGCUUUUCCCAAAAUCUACAGGUAUCGAAUGCACUUGUCAACAUGCACACAAAAUGCGGAAGUAUCAUCGACUCGAUCAAAAUCUUCGACGAGAUGUCUCAUAAGGACAUAGUAUCCUACACGUCGAUGAUGGUAGGUUACGGAUGCAAUGGCUACGCCAAAGAAGCGAUAGAUUUGUUCGAAGAAAUGACUUCUUUCGGAAUCCAACCAGAUCCCGUCGUGUUUAUAGGCCUGUUAAGCGCCUGCAGCCACGCUGGACUCGUCGACGAAGGCCUGACCUACUUCAACCGAAUAACUACAGAAUACAACGUUAAACCAAAUAAGGAGGUUUACGGGUGCGUCGUGGAUCUCCUAGGGCGAGCGGGGAGAGUCGAAGAGGCGUAUGAGCUGAUAGAAUCGAUGCCAUUUGAGGCCGACGAGUCAAUUUGGGGGGCGUUGCUCGGGGCUUGUAGGGUUCAUAGGAAGGUCGGGCUGGGGAGAUUG